CAGCAUCCCAUGAUUCCUCGGUGUGUCUGUGACCUCGCAGAGCACAGGAAGAAGAAGCGGCGGUCGCUCACGCUGUCUGGUGGUGGUACUGGCUGGCUAACUAUUGCUCGGUUGUAGAUCAUGGCUGCUUCAAAGCCAGUCGAGCCGCAGUCCGGGACUGGACUACCCCGCUGGCAGCUGGCACUGUUAGUCGGGACUCCCAUAGUGCUGGGAGUGGGGGCGUUUUACCUCUGGAAUCGCAGCAGGACGAAGGAAAGGAAGGGGACCGGGGAGCGGAAAACACCAGAAGGCAGCGCUAGUCCCGUGCAGGGCCAAGACGGCGCAGCACGAGCCAGCCGAGAGCAGGAGAACAUGAGCCCUUUGGAUCGGGCCCAAGCAUCAAAGAACAAGGGUAACAAGUACUUCAAGGCUGGCAAGUAUGAUAAUGCCAUCCAGUGCUACACAGAGGCCAUUGGUCUCUGCCCCACAGAGCAAAAGACUGAUUUGUCAACAUUUUACCAGAACAGAGCAGCAGCCCAUGAACAGCAGAUGAAUUGGACAGAAGUGGUACAGGACUGCUCUCAGGCCGUGGAACUGAAUCCACGCUAUGUCAAGGCUCUGUUCAGGAGGGCUAAAGCUCUGGAAAAACUAGACAACAAGAAGGAGUGCCUAGAGGACGUCACAGCGGUGUGUAUUCUUGAGGCCUUCCAGAACCAACAGAGCAUGCUGCUAGCAGACAAGGUGCUGAAACAGCUGGGAAAAGAGAAGGCCAAAGAGAAAUACAAGAACCGUGAACCGAUGAUGCCUUCUCCUCAGUUCAUCAAAUCCUACUUUAGCUCCUUCACUGAUGACAUCAUCUCGCAGCCCCUGCAGAAGGGGGAGAAGAAAGAUGAAGACAAGGACAAGGAGGGCGAGGCAGCUGAGGUCACUGGGAGCUCUGGCUACCUGAAGGCAAAGCAGUACAUGGAGGAGGAGAACUAUGACAAAAUCAUCAGUGAAUGCACUAAGGAGAUUGAGUCAGGUGGUCGAUACACUGCAGAGGCCCUCCUGCUGCGUGCCACUUUCUACCUGCUGAUUGGUAACGCUACUGCUGCUCAACCUGAUUUGGACCGGGUAAUCAACAUGGAGGAAGCAAAUGUGAAGCUACGAGCCAAUGCUUUGAUCAAGCGUGGAAGCAUGUACAUGCAGCAGCAGCAGCCUAUGCUCUCUACACAAGAUUUCAACAUGGCAGCCAACAUUGACACGCGUAACCCUGAUGUCUAUCACCACAGGGGUCAGCUGAAAAUCCUGCUGGACCAGGUGGACGAGGCGGUGGGAGACUUUGAUGAGUGCAUCCUGCUCAGGCCUGACUCUGCUCUGGCCCAGGCACAGAAAUGCUUUGCUCUUUACAGACAAGCGUAUACUGGAAACAACCCGUCACAAGUUCAGACAGCCAUGGACGGCUUUGAGGACGUUAUCAGAAGGUUCCCCAAGUGUGCAGAGGGCUACGCUCUUUAUGCUCAGGCUUUGACUGAUCAGCAGCAGUUUGGAAAAGCAGACGAGAUGUAUGACAAGUGUAUUGAACUGGAACCAGACAAUGCAACCACAUAUGUCCACAAGGGUUUGUUACAGCUUCAGUGGAAACAAGACCUUGACUUGGGUCUAGAGCUCAUCAGUAAGGCCAUUGAAAUUGACAACAAAUGUGACUUUGCCUACGAAACAAUGGGAACCAUUGAAGUUCAAAGGGGCAAUCUGGACAAGGCAAUAGAAAUGUUCAAUAAGGCCAUUAACCUAGCCAAGUCAGAGAUGGAGAUGGCCCAUUUGUACUCGUUAUGUGACGCAGCAUACGCCCAGACAGAAGUGGCAAGGAAGUACGGGCUGAAACCUCCGACACUGUAACUUCUCCGCCAAUUGAUCGCCAAUCUCUUCAUUGCUCAACCUAACUGUUAAAAGUGCAACUGUCUGACUUAACUUUGAUUUGUUAAAAAAAAAAAAAAAAGAGUACUGGAUUAUAUGAGUGGGGGAGGGGGAGCCCUGAAUACACUGUGUUGACAUCACAUUAAAGGGGUUUGUUAUCACAGAAAGAAGGAUUUGUAUUCACAAUCAAGCCGAGGCUGUGAGCCAGGCCUCUGGUUGACUUGGUGUUUGUCAGGGUGGAAAGUUGGGUUGGGGGGUCUUAACGCUAGGGUAGGUAAUGUAUUUCAGAAGCAUUUUUUGUUAUUUGUUGAAAUUCUCUUUACAUCCCGACAAUAAAUCAAAUGCUCUGGAGGGGAAAAAUGAAAAAAUCCGUAUCUGUGGCUGUCGCAGGCCUGCAGUAAGCUCAGCCAAUCAUUUCAACUGCCUCCCUGCAUGCAUUCUGCCCGUGCACUCAUUGCACAUGAAAAUGUGCUUUGGGGGAGUUGUUUUUUUUUUUUUUUCCGGGUGGAAUACUUU